AUGCAGGGCGCGCAGGAUGUGAAUAUGGGCAGCGGAGGCUCUGCAGGAACGGAUCCAUGGGCAACGCGGGGUGCGGCCAGCAACGCGUCGAAGCUGGAGACCACGGCCAUCGACCUCACGAAGGACCUGAGCGAGCUGAAGGAGAGGGCGUGGGAGGCCACGCUCGGGCUGUUCAAGCGGCACCAAAGCAAAAUCGAGGGGUGCCGUUUGGGGGUAAGCUGCGUCCAGGGGCUGAUCCACCUCGCGUCGGCGACGGACACUUUCGAGUUUUGCUUGAUCAAAUGGAGUGAGCAGGCGACGUGGCGGGAGCUCCGCCGGCUGGCCCGAUUGCACGACACGGUUGCCCUGAAAGAAAUGCGCGGCAUCGUCUUCAUGGUGAACGAUCGGACCGCCGUGCGAUUCUCCAGGCUCAGUCCCGAGGCCUUCAGGGUGGAGUAUCAAGCCACCCAGCUGAUGCACGCUGGGCCGUUCAAUAGCAUGCCGCACCAGCUGAUGCGCAGUCUUCGCGCAGUGGGAUUUAAACAGGAGGUGCGGAAUAUUGCGAUUUCCUACCGCAAUGUUGCUUAUCGAGUUUCUCAGCGCAACCUUGCUUAUAGGAGGUGGAGGUGCUGGAUGGACGAGAUGCUGGAGGGAAAGGAUUGGCGCAUUGCUUGCAGGCGCUGCGCUACGUUUCUGCGCUCGAUCCUCGAGCACCCCAAGGUAGUAAAGGACCAGGCGUUCCACCAGCGGCUGGGCGCCGACUGCAAAGCGGUGGCUGCGCAGGAACAUCGCGCGCUACCAGCUGAUGUGGCGCGAUCCGAGAGUGAUGUGCUGGACCUUGUUUACCGCGGCAUCUUCGCGCCUGACGACCCGACGGGGCACGGUGACUCCUCGGGCGGCGCGGCGGUGCUCACGCCCGCGCAGGUGGCUGCGUCGGCUGUUCCGCCUCCACGCGAUGGCUGGGCCGAUGGCUUGGUGGGCGCGUUAGCCCGCGGUCGCAUCGCUGCGGCCCAUGUCCACUGGGGGGCUCCAGGAGGUAUCGCGCUGCUCUCGGUGCACUUCCACGCGGGCUUUGGCGCGGGCGCCAGGAGUGCCACCUUCCUGCGCGCGCUUGCCUCCUACGCUGCGCCGCUGCAAGCUUGCGGCCGAGACUGGGUCGCGAUCGUGGACUUGAACAUGGCGGAUGCCGGAUUCGACCUGAGGCGCUACGAAGGACGCGCUGAGCAGCCUCGCGCGAUGUGGGUCUGGGCGCAGCGGCAGCCCGCGCAGCGACGCCUGCGCCCACCACCUCGUCUCCUCGCCUGCACUUGGGUGGCGCGGUGGGCCAAGCACCUCGUGCGCGUCCGCGCUCUGCGGGUCCCAGUAGUUGCCGAGCCUAUCGUCGACCUCCUCGCUCUCUUCGCGAGGAUCCAUCGCAUGCAGCAUGUUUGGCAGGAGGUGCCGACCACGGUGCAGGAGCUCUUCCGCCUCGGCGCCAAGGCCCCCGUCGUCCUUGACUUUGCGCUUCGCAUGGGGGAGCUCGUGACGACGCUCGAGAACGCGCAGGCAGAGCAUGACGGCGACAUCGCCCAGCGCUGGAGGAGUUGGGUCGACGACUCCUUCAAGCAUGGCGCGGGCAGGGCUCAUCAGGCCACAGAGCUCCAGAGCGACCGUCCGGCCGCCAUCCUCGCGUCCAACUCGAGGGCGGCAGCGGGGCAGUCGCGGAUCCACCCUUGGGCGCUGUGGCUUGUGUCGGACAUGGCCCUGCACGCACUCGCCUUCCGCUUCAUGAGAGGCGAGGACAUUCUCGCGCGGCCGUCCCAGGGAAUCGUCGAUGUGACGGUGCGCCUGCCGAAGCUGGGCAGGAGCUCGCGGCUCGCUGCCCUGGCCCCGAACCUCGUCCCUGUCGAGGAGCUGGGUGAGGCCGUGAGGGCCGCCGCCCUCGCCUCGGAGCUCCACGUGCGAAGCCGCGGGGGGUUCGCGGCCCCGGUGGUGGGCAGGCUGCGCUGGGCGGACGAGGCGGCGCUGCUCGGCGCGCUGUCGACGCCGGGGCCGAAGCCAGACGCGUUCUGCCUCGCGGCGCCCGUGUCGCUGCCGCAGCGCGAGUCCGAGCAGCUCGCGGGGCUCCUCGGCCUGACCGGCGCCCUCGGCCCGCCGCUGCCCAUGCGCGUCGUCCUGGCCUGGAGGGCUGGCCGGCUCAUGGCCGCCGUGUCGCGCGGGGGGCUGGUGCCCGAGCGGCUGCGGCUGCCGGACCCGGAGGGCUGCGGGCCAGCCACGAAGCUGGUGGUCCGGGUGACGCUGCGGUGCCUUGACCCGGACCUGCCGUUGCCCGAGGUCUCGUUGUCGAUCCCCGUCGGCAGGCAGUGGGUGGCCGUGCCCCUGGAGCUGCCCGCGGCCGAGGGGGCCCGCGCCGCUGCCACAGCGGCGAUGGUCCGCGGGGCGCUCUGCGUCCUGACGUUCGCGGCGGCGGCGGAGCCCGAGGGCUGGCGGCUGGGGCUGGCGGUGAACUCCCUGCAGCUGCACGCGCCGCGCGGCGGCGGCGGCGAGGCGUGA